GCCAUUGUAUUGUGAUCGUUGGUGUAACUUGAUUUGUCAUAAAAAUUAAAUUGUUUUUAAAAUAGAUUCUAAUGAAUAUAUUUUGUACGGAUAUUUUAGUGGAUUUAAUAACUUUGACAAUAAUGCGUGCCGAACAUUUUAUACCAGAUAAAUAGGCAUCUUCGUGUCACAACGGAUACUCCGGAGUGCAUUCUGAUCCGGGGCAGCGAUGGAGGGUGGAGCGCGGGCCCUGGACGUGCUUCCACUGCUGCAGGAGCGGGCGGCAGCGCUGACGGGGGGCCGCGACCGCCGCGGGGGGCCCAUCAUCUGGUUCCCGGCCAGCGCGCGCCGCGACCGCAUCGUGCCAGAUGACUACCGCCGUCUGCUGCACUACUUGAUCAGCAUACCCAGCGAUUCCAUAAGAUCCCAUGGGUUUACUAUACUAAUUGACAUGAGAGGUUCAGCCUGGGCAGCCAUCAAGCCAAUCCUGAAGGUUGUUCAAGAGCACUUCUCAUCUUCCGUCCAUCAGGCACUGGUAGUGAAGCCUGACAACUUCUGGCAGAAACAACGCACAACUAUAGGAGCUCAUAAGUACAAGUUCGAGACAACCAUGAUUAGUUUAGAAGCGCUGCCAAAAGUCAUAAAUACAACUCAGUUAACACCAGAUUUAGAAGGUACCCUGCAGUAUGAUCAUGGCCAAUGGAUAGACCUGAGACUGGCCCUAGAGGAGCUGAUGUGGCAAACUGGCGAGUUGCUCGACCGUCUCGACGACCUGCAAGAAGACGUGGCACGUGCAGACUUCGCGGAUGACGUCACGGGCGCCCGCCGCGCCAUCGACGCUCACGCCGACAUCAGCAAGCGUCUAGCCAAGCUGCCUCUCAACGAACUAGAGGCACAGGGUGAGCGGGUGCUGCAACGUCUAGAGGCGGCCGAAGCUGCGUCAUCAGAGGCGGGCGGCAGUGCGGAGCCCCCGGCGGCGUUCCACUGCGGCUCGCCCGCCGCCGUGCGCACGCAGCUCGCCGCCGUGCGCUCGGCGCACGCGCACGCGCACAAACUGUGGCAGCACAAGAAGAACCAGCUCGACCAGUGCUUCCAGCUGAGGCUGUUUGAGCAGGACUGUGAGAAGAUGCUCGAAUGGAUAGUGAACCACCGCACCGCGUUCCUGGCCACCUACGUGGAGAUCGGCCGCUCGUGUGCGACGGCCAAGCGCCUUCAAGAGGAACAUGCUCGCUUCGCGGCGGCCUGCACGGGCGGCGGCCGGCCCAGCGUGGCCAGGGUCACCACGGCUGCCAGGAGACUGGCAGAUAAGCGACAUUAUGCCGAGGCCCAGAUCACGGCGUUGGCGCUUAGGCUCGAGAGGGCCUAUAAACAGCUGUCUGCCGGUCUAGAAGAGCGGUCAGCCGUGCUGUCGCUCUCCGUAGUGUUCCACCACAAGGCCGAGGCGUACGCGUCGGCAGUGGGUGGGUGGGGCGCGCAGUGCGCGGUGGCGCUGCAACUGGCCACGGGGCAGGGCGGCGGCGCGCCGUGCAGCGAGCCCCGGGCGCUGGAGCAGCAUGCGCAGCGGCAUCGGCAGCUCUAUGAGCACAUGUGCCAGGCGUAUACUGAGGUCCAUUCCACUAGUAAAAAGCUCCUGUACCAGCUGGAUCAUCUGGUCCAAGUGUGUCAUCAGACGGACCCAGCUGAUAACGACUCACGCGCGUGCUCAAUGAGCACAGCGAGCUCGAGCGGCGGCGACCCGGCCGCGGACUACAGCUCCGGCGCGAACCACGUACUCGCCGUCAUCCACCAGAUCCUCGGCCACCACCGGGCCCUGGAGGCUCGCUACCACCAGGCGAGGCUGAAGCUGCAUCAGCGGCUCGCCUUGCUGCUGUAUAAAGAGGACUGUCGACAGGUUUUCCAAUGGCUCUCAAAUCACGGUGAAGUGUUCCUACAAAAGAACACUGCGAUAGGAAGGAAUCUCCAUAAAGCUAGAGUAUAUCAGAAAUCUCAUGAACAUUUUGAAAAUGUUGCACAAAACACAUACACAAACGCGGAGAAGCUGUUAGCGGCCGCGGAAGAGCUGGCCAGGUCUGGCGAGUGUGACCCCGAAGACGUGUUGGGGGUGGCUCGGGAGCUGGAGGCUCAUGUGGCGGCCUUCGCGUCGAGAGUGGACCGCCGGCGGCGGAGACUUGACUUAGCUGUGCUGCUGUAUACGCAUGAGAAAGAGCUAGUCCAAUGGCUGGACACGCUGCGAAGCGGCGGCGGCGUGUGUCCCGCCGACGACAGCCCGGAGGCGGCGCGGCGCGCGCUGGAACAGUGCGCACAACAUCGCGCCGCCAGUCUAGACGCAUGCGCAGCCACGCUGGCCCAGGGAGAGGCCUUGCUACAGGAGCUAAGGUCAUCGGUGGACUCGGACGCGGCGAGCACGACCGCGGUGGAGGCUACUCUCGAGCGGCUGCGCGGCACUAGGGGCGCGCUGGAGGAGCUGUGGGCGGGCCGCGAGCGGAGACUCGAGCUCACCGUGCAGCUGCGCCACUUCGAGAGGGACGCGCUGGAGGUGUCGUCCCGGCUGGAGCUGUGGGGCGACGAGCUGCAGCGCACGGAGCCGCCGCGCGAGCCCGCGCAGGCGGAGCAGGCGCUCGGCGCGCACAACGAGAGCGUCGCGCGCAUGCAGCACGCCACCUUCCAGGUGGUCCAGCAAGGGCAAGAGCUAGCGGCGGCCAUCGCUGAAGCCUCCGAGGUCAUGGCGGCGGCGGCUGACGGGCCGGACGCGCCGCUUGACGCCCAAGCCAGGGUGCAGUUGCUGUUGGAAUUCCUCCACGACCGGCAACUGGAUCUGGAGGAGCUGGCUGAAGAGAGAAGGGCGAGGUUCGAGCAGUGCGUGCAGCUUGGGCAAUUCAACGCGGACGCAGCGCAAGUAGUCAGCUGGAUCCGCAACGGAGAGGCCAUGCUUGCCGCCUCAUUCUCCAUCCCAGGAACUCUGGCCGAGGCCGAGCAGUUGAAGAGAGAACACGACCAGUUCCAAGUGGCCGUGGAGAAAACCCAUGCGAGUGCGGUCCAAGUCAAGUACAGGGCCGACGCGCUACGGGCGGCUAAUCAUUAUGAUCCGCAUACGAUACGAGAAAUCUCCGAAGAAGUGACCGAGCGUUGGCAGCGUCUCGUCACCUGCGCCGAAGAGCGGCACAAACUCGUGACGGCUUCACUGAACUUCUACAAGACGGCGGAGCAGGUGUGCUCCGUGCUGGACUCGCUGGAGCGGGAGUACCGGCGCGACGAGGACUGGUGCGGGUCCUCCGCGCCCGCCGCCGACGAGCCCGCCGCGCCCGCCAUAGUGGACAAGGCGGCUCAGGUGGCAGCCCUAAUCGUGAAGCACGGCGAGCAGAAAGAGGCGUUCCUCAAGGCUUGCACCCUCGCCCGGCGGACCGCUGAAACAUUCCUGAAGUACGCCGCGCGGUCGGCCCAGGUUCAUGGCCAGACAGCCGCGGCUAGCAAGACGCAUCAUGAGCAGACCAGGGCCAUUCUUGAUACUCUGCUGUCUCAGGAGAAUAAGGUGCUAGAACACUGGACAGUGCGCAAGAAGCGUCUAGAACAAUGCCAGCAGUUCGCUUUAUUCGAGCGGUCAGCCCGCGCCGCCGUAGAAUGGAUCCGGGAGACCCAGGAGCGCUGCGGGGCCGCUGCCGCCGCCGCCGUCGCGGGCGUGGCGAGGGAGAGCCGGGAGCGAGUGCGACUGCUCGCCCAACUUGCUGACGGAUUAGUCGAGAAGGGGCAUCCACACGCGGUGCAGAUCAAGGAGUGGGUCGCUGCUGUUGACGCGCGAUAUGCGGAGUUCAGCGGCGGCAUGGAGGGCGGCGAGAGCGAGGCGGAGAGCGACUCGGGCGUGGCGGCGUCGCCGGCGUCGUCGCACUCGGCGCUCAGCGAGCCGCGCGCCGAGCCGCCGAGCGCCGCCUCCGACGACAAGCGACGCAGCACGCGCCGCAAGGAAUUGAUCAUCCGAGAGUUGCUUCAAACAGAGCGUGCCUACGUCAAAGAUCUAGAAACAUGCAUCACAUGCUAUUUACGAGAAAUGCGUACAGACCCUACUUCAGUACCUCCAGCGCUACAGGGCAAGGAGGAGAUAAUCUUCGGCAACAUCGAAGAGAUCCAGAGGUUUCACGAGCGAGUGUUUCUACGCGAGCUGGACAAGUAUGAGACGAUGCCCGAAGACGUCGGCCAUUGCUUCGUGACUUGGGCCCGCGAAUUCGACAUGUAUGUGUCCUACUGCCGGAACAAGCCCGACAGUAACGCCCUCGUUGUGCAACACGCUGGGGACUACUUCGAAAGAGUACAGCACAAGAAGAAAUUAGAACACCCAUUGGCUGCCUACCUUAUCAAACCCGUCCAGAGGAUCACUAAAUACCAGCUGCUCCUGAAAGAUUUACAGUCCUGCUGUCAAGAAGGACAAGGCGAGAUUAAGGACGGUCUCGAGGUCAUGCAGUCGGUGCCGAAGAAGGCUAACGACGCGAUGCACCUCUCCUUACUAGAGGGAUGCGACGUGCCCACAAACAGCCUGGGCGAGGUGGUCCUUCAGGAGUCAUUCCACGUGUGGGACCUUCGUCAGAUCAUCAAGAAGGGCCGUGAGCGCCGCGUCUUCCUCUUUGACCUGCAUCUGCUGUUGGCCAAGGAGGUCAAGGACUCGCACGGCAAAGCCAAGUACAUCUACAAGACCAAGUUCAUGACAUCAGAGCUCGGCGUGACGGAACACAUCGAGGGGGACGAGUGCAAGUUCUCGGUGUGGACGGGCCGCGAGCCGAUGGCCAGCGACUGCCGCAUCGUGCUCAAGGCACCCUCGCUGGAGGCCAAGCAGACGUGGGUGCGACGCUUGCGCGAGGUCAUACAGGAAACGUACUUCAACGCCGUAUUACCAAGGAGUCCGGCGCGGGUGAGGCCAACCAGCUCACAGCGGUCCAGCAAGGACAUCGAUGAAAACCUAGAAGAGACAUCGACUCCAGACCGCAACUCGCUCACUUCUUGCGGUAGCGGCAACACCACUGACUCCGACAAGGGUGUGGGCGAGUUGUCGUGGGUGGUGAGUGAGCACGUGGCGGGCGGCGCGGGCGAGUUGUCCGUGGCCAAGGGCCAGCAGGUGGAGGUGCUGGAGCCGUGGAGCCGCGCCGACUGGUGGCUCGUGCGCGCGCCCGGCGAGCCCCCGCAGGAGGGCGCGGUCCCGGCCCACGUGCUCAAGCCGCAGCCGACGCCGCAGACCAAGACCUCGCCCUCGAGGCGGUCCCUCAGCCAGCCGGCUGAAGAACCCAUCGAAGCGGCGGCCUCCGAGUCCGGAGUGAGCGCCGCGAGCCCCGGCAAGCAACGACGAGGCUUCAGCGGAAGGCGAUGGCUGGGAGGGCUUCGUAAGCCACUUAAAUCGGAGAAGGUGACUGGGGCUGGGCCGCCGAGCGCGGCUGACAAACCUGCCCCACUGCUGAAGAAAACUCCAUCGGACAAGAAAUUCAAGAUUCCCUUCAGCAGUGACAGUGGUCGCGGAGACGACAGUUUUGACAACCAGAACAUUACUCAAGGCACCUUCGAGGAAGGUGAAGACAACGAUAUUGAACUACCACCCCCAAUGGAACCCAUACAAAACCCACAAUCGGUGCUCCAGCAGUCCCCGGAGCCAGCACCUACGUCAGUGCAACCCACUAUGAACUCGAUGGAGUCGAACGGAGGGCCAGCUGACAUAGCUGAGAUCGAGCAGAUAGUCAAAGAGAAGAUGGAGCAGCACGGAGGGGUGGCCAGCUCGUCGAAGGGUGACGAAGUGGAGGAGGCGACCGGCCCGGGCUCGGACUCCGCCGAAGCCGCGCUGCGCAAGCGGGAGUACGUGCUGAAAGAACUGAUCGAGACUGAAGAGAUCUACGUCUCGGACCUGCGCCUCGUGUGCGAGGGCUACAUGAGGCACAUGCAGGACAACACAUCUGAGCCGAACAUGCCGGACAGCCUGCGCGACCGCCGCCGCCUCAUCUUCGGCAACAUCGAGACCAUCUACGACUGGCAUCGCGAUUCGUUCCUGCCGGAGCUGCGUCACUGCCUCACGUCGCCGGAGCGCCUCGGCCCGCUGUUCCGCAAGUUCCUCGAGAAGCGCAUGCUGAUGUACGAGUCGUACUGCCGCAACAAGCCCGUCUCCGAGUACAUCGUGUCCGAGCACGAGCAUUACUUCAUCGAGCUCCGGCAGAAGCUGGGACACAAGCUGCAGCUGGCGGACCUGCUGAUCAAGCCGAUCCAGCGCAUCCAGAAGUACCACUUGCUGGUGCAGAAGGUGCUGACCUACAGCGAGGGCGGGUGUUGCCCGGCGCCGGUGCUGGCCGCUCUGGCCGAGGCCGUCACCUGCACCUCCAUCAUACCCAAGAACGCUAAUGACAUGAUGGACGUCGGCCGUCUGCAGGGCUUCACUAUGAACAUCACGUCGCAAGGCAAGCUGCUACUCCAGGAGCCGCUGGUCUGCUCUGAGGCAUCCAGCAGCGGCGAGGGAAGAGGCAAGGAGCUCCACGUGUUUCUGUUCGAACAGUGCAUCAUCUUCAGCGAUGCUGUGGGCAAGAAGAGCCAGUUCACCAGCCCCACUUACAACUACAAGGCGCAUAUACUGGUGAACAAGAUGGAGAUGGAGAAGCUGGACAACGGAGCUUUCCUCCUGCAGUCGACGGACCCGAACAAGCCGCGCGUCUCUUACGUCUGCCGCGCAGCCGAGCAGCGCCGCCAGCUGUGGCUCAACACGCUCAACUCCAUCCUGCAGUCGCAGCGCAUGUUCGGCGACGCCCUCGAGAACCCCGGCGCCUAUCUCCGCGAACUGACCCGCGACCCCCCGCACCCCGUCGCCGGUGGGUUGCCGAAGAGCGCGUCCUUGCGAGACGCCGCGCGGCACCAGCGGCCCCACGCCAAGGCCAACACCAUCAACCUGCCGCCCACGUCGCCCGGGCCCGCGUCGCCGCCCGCCCAGCCGCCCUCCAACGGGGUGAGCAAGCGGCCGUGGGGGCUGAAGCUGCGGCGCGGCGGCGGCGGCGGCGCGGGGGCGGCGGGGGGCGAGGGGGAGCAGCGCGCGCCCGAGCUGGCGGUGCCGCUGGCUGACGUGGCGGCGGCGGCGGGCGGCACGGCCGUGCUGAGCUGCCGCGUGGCGGGCGGGCGCGCGGCCGCGGCGUGGCGCAAGACGGCGCCCGACGCGCGCUCGCUGCGGGCCGGCGCGCGCCUCGCCAUGGACCUGGCGCCGGACGGGCUGGCCACGCUCACCAUCCGCGACGUGCGCGCGCAGGACGCCGGCGUGUACUGCUGCCUCGUGAGCAACGCGCUGGGCGGCGUGCAGAGCUCGGCGCGGCUGGUGGUGGGCGGCGCGCCGGGCGUGCCGGCGGUGCGCGCGCUGGCGCCGGGCGGGCUGCUGGUGCAGUGGGACGAGCCGGCGCCCGCGCACCUCGAGUACUGUCGCGCGGGCGAGGACUGGCGGCGCGCCACGGAGGCGCCGGCGGCCGCCUGCUCGCUGCCGCUGGCGGAGCUGCCGCCGGGGCAGUACAGCUUCCGGCUGGUGGCGGGCGGCGCGGCGGGCCCGGCCAGCGCGCCCGCGCCGUGCGGCGGCUCGUGGCAGCGCGAGCAGUUCGCGCGCCGCUACUCGCUGGAGGAGGAGCUGGGCCGCGGCCGCACGGCGCGCGUCGUGGCCGCUCGUGACACCGGCACCGGGCAGCGGGUCGCCUUGAAACAGGUGGUAUCGGGGCGCGGCGCGGACGCGAGCCGCGAGUACCGCGUGCUCUGCCGCUGCGCUCACGGCGGGCUCGUCCGGGCCCUGGCUCUCUUCUCCGAGGUCCCCCGCGCUGGGGUCACUUCCCUAGUGCUGGAACUAGUCGCUGGAGGCCCGCUGUUAGACUGGGCUGCCAGUGGGCCGCAUUAUACGCAGCAGCUAGUGGCUACGCAUAUGAGGCAGUUAUUGUCGGCGCUGGACUGGCUGCAUGCGAACAAUGUGGCGCAUCUUGAUGUCAGGCCAGAGAACAUUCUAGUGGAACUGAGCGGCGCGCAACCUCAAUUGAAACUAGUGGACUUGGGGUCCGCGAUCGAGACGGGGGGCGGGGCCGGGGGCGCGGGGGCGUCCCCCUCCGAGGUGCUGCCCCCCGCGCCGGCGCAGCUCGAGUUCGCGCCCCCGGAGUACGUGCUGGGCCGCCCCCCGACCCCCGCCUGGGACUCGUGGGCCGCCGGCGUGUUUCUAUACGUGUUUCUGACUGGGCUAUCCCCAUUCCUGGACGAGUCCAUCGAGGAGACGACGGCCAACAUCAUCAAGUGCGACUACUGCUUCCCGCCGGAGCACUGGGCGGGCGUGGCCCCGCGGGCGCAGGCGCUGAUCCGGGCCUUGCUGGAGCCUGCAGCGGCCACGCGCCUCGCGCCCGCCGCGGCGUUGCAGGAGCCCUGGCUGCAUGAGGCGCCCGCGACGCCGCUGUCCGCGACACAACUGAAGACUUUCCUAGAGCGGCGCCGGCCGGGCGGGCUCGGGGACGCCAUCUGCCAAUCACUGCGCUCCCCGGACACCUGACCCCGCCCCCUCGCGGCCACGCCCCCAGGGACCACUGACUGUGACCAGUGAUCUUCACUCACUCAAGAGACGCGCCGUGCUAUGACUUUGGAAGUUAAAUGCUGAAAGUUGUCUUAAGACUUUCCUGAUACUGUGAAAGUGGGAGCUCGCUUUAUUGACACUGAUUUUAUAAAAAGUCAGUUAGGGUGUUAUGAGCCCCGCAAAUUGGUAAUGUGCCUUGCAGCCAUUUUAAUGACGUGAAUCGUGACAUUCUUCGUUCUAACGUAAAAGUGACCAACGAGUGCCUACUCGUAUCGACCUUACUAUGAUUUCAUUUGGACAAGGUUCCAGCGCAUUAUCAAUUUUCAAAACUUCCACUGUAGCACAUCACAAGAAUGAUAUGCUUAUCAAAGCGAUCAAGAUGGCUUAACAUGUUUAUUAAAUGUUGGGUUUAGCUACAUUUUGCAGGCGAACGGCAGUAUUUUUAGAUCUUGUAAUAUUCUUUGUUAUGUACUCAAAAGGAUCCAAAUGUUUAGCGUAAUAUUUCUGUAGUCAUAUUUCCCACCUUUGAAAUUGUUCUGAAUGAUUAUGGUAAGAUUGUAUUGAAUUCUUGCUUUAUAAAUAAAUAAAUGUAAAAUAUUCUGGAUUCGUAUCAAAAUGUAGAAAUCGUGUUGUGAGCAUUAGAGGAAUGCUAGUCAUGCUACGAAAUGAGUUUUAAAUGAAUUUGCUUUAAAGUAUUGAUGAGAUAGCGAUCAAAAUUAGUGCCCAUUCAAAGUCAUUUCGGUUUUUCUAUACCUAUAGAUAAUUUUCAGAGCGGAUUGCGGAACUUUACAUUAUUAAAAAUAAAUUAAGGUAUUUAUCUGUAAUCAAACCAAAAUUUUAAGAUAGUAAAUAUGAAAUUAGAAGUUCUGCUCAGUCCCCUACUGUAGCCACGGCAGCGACGCUGCUCGGGGUCACUGACCCCCGCUUGCUUUAGUAACUUACUUACCUACAUAACUUGUGAUUAUAAAUCUAUAUAAAGUUACGAGUGGAUGUAGGGGAAGUCUCUGUGAUUUAUGCUAAAUAAUUGUAUUACGAUAAUUUCAUGCUUAUUCCUAAUUUAACGUAUGACUUGUUUAAAUCUAUUUUUAUUUUAUUGUAUAUAGUAGUAAGUUGUAGCUUGUAAUUUUGUUCUAUUUUGUGAUCAAAUUACAAUAAUGUGUAAGUAUAACGCGUAUAGUGUUAGCGGUAGCUGCAAUAAUGAUUCAGUGUGCCGCACGCUGCCCUUGGCUACACGAUUAUAUCUUAUCAAUUUCGGAUUAUAUUGUAGGUAUAAGUUUCAUAACGACUGCCUUACACAAUGUUACUAAAAAUAAUAUUAUAAAGACUUGUAUAGUUUAGAUAUUAAUUUAGUCAGAAUGUAUAACUCUACGAGGAACCAACACAAUGAAUGAAAUAAUUAAAAUUAAGAGCAUUAUGUUUUAAAAUAUGUGUAAAGCUGGCUUUUACUAGAGGUAGGUAUUAUGAACAAUGUAUAAUUUAAAAACACAGCAUUCUUGCCUCAUAUUGUAUGCAGUUCAGGACUCACGCAUUGUCAAGUCCCGGUCUAAUGAACUGUCCAAGACAGAACAGGGGCCAAUUUACACUUUAUAGUUUGAUUCAUAACGCGUGCUAUGCAAUGUUGAAGUAACCUAUGGCUGUUUGGAUAUGGAAGUAUCUUAAUUAUUUAAAACGAGCCUCUAUUAAUUAUUGUAAUUCAUGUCAAUAUAAAAAUAGGUAAAGUAAAGAAUUUACGUGUCUUUCAAGAUUCAAACCAGCACUCUAGUUGUAAAAAAUUGGACCCCUGAAACAUUUUACAGCCAUCACAAACACAGGAUGUAUUGGAGUAGUCACCGUUUAGAAAUGUACCACUCUCACCACUAUGUAGGUAUCUAAUGGAAUUAUGAUAUUAAACCAUUAUAUAUAAUUUUAUUAUCCAAACGAUUGUUUCAUUUUUUAUUUAGGGAUAACAUGGAUACAAUAGUUUUAGUUCAUUACCUACGAAAAAAACAACAAUAUGAUGGUACACAAGAAUAUUAUUUAUUUUUCAAUAAAAAGUACACAAUAUGAAAUGCAAAUUGUAUCUUAGAAAACUAGUAAGUAAGUAAAUUACCUAGCGGUUCACAAUAAAUAUUAUGUGCUAUAAUAAAUUUAAGUUAUAAAAAUGUGCUUUAGUUGCGAAUUAGUAUAAAUGCAAUACUCAGAAAUUAUGCAUUGCUUGCCUAUUAGGUACUUACCUUAAUUUUGGACUACCUACUUAGAGAGAAUAAACGAGAACAAUCAGUGCAAUA